UACCUGAUACGUCGUGCUCGUGUUGUGACGUAUUUGUUCAUUUUGUUCCGUGUUGGCUGCGCUGCGUUUCGUGCGUCUUUCGAUUGUCGUGCAAUUAGCAAGAAUUUCAAAUGGCAAAGAUUAUUAACUAAAUUGGCAGUGCGCAUAGAUCAAAUGACAAGCGAUCCAGAAAUAUUAAAGAAUAGAGAAUUGGAUAUAAUUAAUUGAUUGUGUAGUGAUAUCUUUGUGCAAAUUUCAAGAAGGGCUAAAAAUAAUCAAAAGAAAUAAAAGAAACGAAACGAAAACGAAUCGACCACAAAUAUUUGUUUGGCAAUAACAAAACUGUUGUGUCUGUGUCUAAAGUGCCAAAUAGUUUUAGCCAACAACAAAGGCAAGAAUAAAAGUCUAAAGACUAGUGUGAGCUUGAAAUCAAAUUGAUUUCGGCUAGAGUGUCGCUAUCUCUGUCUGUCUGUUGUCUGGCUGUCGCAGGAUAUCCGACGUUGCGACGUAUGCUUGGAUUGAAUUUCACCUGAUUUGUAUUGCCACCUUUCGUAUAUAAUUAUAAUCAACGUGAUCACGCGCUCACACCACUGCGACAACAACAACAACAACAACAGCAACAAGCAUACACAGCAUAACAACAACAGGAACAACAAAGAGAAAAGGAACAGUCAAGAACUGAGCGCACACAGGAUCAAGUUUGCCAAAACCCAUAAUUUUUUGUUGUUUUUGUACACACACACUUGGAACCCACCGUACAGGGGGGAAGCAGGAACAGGAGGCUCCAUGGUGUCGCCGGCUUGACCGACGCCGCCGGCCAAACGACCGCAAUAAACUAACCAAACCAAACCAAACCAAACCGAACCGAAAAGCAACAGGCCGAAGGUGGAGUAAGGUAGGAGUUGGAAGAGGAGAAGGUAUACAACGAAUCCAGUUCUCGUUCCUCCACACGAUCCAAACGGCUCGUGUUGCUACGUUUGUUGUUGUUGCUGCUGCUGCCGCAUUUAUUGUUUUGUUGCACGGCCGACUGAGAGCUCGAGCUGAGCAACAGGCCCCAACACCCGAAGACAACAACAAACACAAACACAAAAACAAAAACGACAACAACAACAACUUUCAGAGGUUGCAUUGCCACCGCUUCGCAUAAAAAUCAUCAGCGUUGUUCUUGCCGUUGUUGUUGCAUCUCCAGACAUGGCGCCGAAAUCCAGAAAGAAGAAGGCUCAUGCACGCUCUUUAAUCUGCUACUGCGAUGGCAGCUGUCCGGAUAAUGUGAGCAAUGGCACCUGCGAGACGCGACCCGGUGGCAGCUGCUUCAGUGCCGUCGAGGAGGUGUACGAUGAGACGACUGGCACCUACGAGGAGGAGCGCACCUAUGGCUGCAUGCCGCCCGAGGAGAACGGAGGUCUUUUAAUGUGUAAAGUGGCCGUUGUGCCGCAUAUUCAUGGCAAGAAUAUCGUUUGCUGCGAGGGCGAGAAUUUGUGCAAUCGCGGCUUGCAACCCGCCUACACACCGAAGAUGACAACCCCGCCACCAGAGUUGCCCGUGAGCAGUGAAUCGGUGCAUACGCUGGCUCUCUUCGCCUCCAUCAUUGUCUGCAUGUCCGUCUUCAUUGUUGUGGUGUUCAUCCUGUGCCUCGUCUACAAGCGCCGAGAGAAACAGCGAAAGCAGCCGCGUCUCAUCAACUCCAUGUGCAACUCACAGCUAUCCCCCUUGUCACAGCUGGUGGAGCAGAGUUCGGGCUCGGGUUCAGGCUUGCCAUUGUUGGUCCAGCGUACGAUUGCCAAGCAGAUUCAGAUGGUCCGUCUCGUCGGCAAGGGACGCUACGGGGAGGUCUGGCUGGCAAAGUGGCGGGAUGAACGUGUGGCCGUCAAAACCUUCUUCACCACCGAGGAGGCAUCGUGGUUCCGUGAAACGGAAAUCUAUCAAACGGUUCUCAUGCGACACGAGAAUAUCUUGGGCUUCAUUGCCGCCGACAUCAAGGGCAACGGCAGCUGGACACAGAUGCUGCUCAUCACCGACUACCACGAGGUGGGCAGCCUGCACGAUUAUCUCUCCACAUCGGUGAUCAAUCCACAGAAACUGCAACUGCUUGCCUACUCGCUGGGCUCAGGAUUGGCCCAUCUGCAUGACGAGAUCUUUGGCACACCUGGCAAACCGGCCAUUGCCCACAGGGACAUCAAGAGCAAGAAUAUCCUGGUGAAGCGCAACGGACAAUGCGCCAUUGCAGACUUUGGAUUGGCUGUCAAGUACAUCUCGGAGCUGGAUGAGAUUCACAUUGCGCAGAAUACACGCGUUGGCACGCGACGCUACAUGGCACCCGAGGUGCUCAGCCAGUCCCUGAAUCCACAGCAAUUUGAGGAGUUCAAGCGCGCGGACAUGUACUCUGUGGGUCUGGUGCUCUGGGAGAUGGCAAGACGUUGUUAUACCCCCAUUUCGGGCACGAAGACAACAACCUGCGAGGAUUAUGCGUUGCCCUAUCACGAUGUGGUGCCCUCGGAUCCCACCUUUGAGGAUAUGCACGCUGUGGUCUGCGUCAAAGGAUUCCGGCCGCCAAUUCCAGCUCGCUGGCAAGAGGAUGAUGUGCUUGCCACCGUCUCCAAGAUCAUGCAGGAGUGCUGGCAUCCCAAUCCCACAGUGCGACUCACGGCACUUCGUGUGAAGAAGACGCUGGGGAGACUCGAGACGGACUGCCUCAUCGAUGUACCCAUGAAGAUUAUCUAAACACCAUCAACUAUCAUGGGUUUAGUCUAUGUUUAAUGUAGUUUCUUAGUUUCAUAGACUGUAGUUGCCUGUAACCCCUGCCCCUGUCCCUGUCCUUGUAGUUCCCGUAGGUUAAACCUAAUUUGCAUUUAUGUAUUCGCCAAACAUUAUCCUGUUUCUGUUUCUUUGCUUUUGUUUUUUUUUUUUUUUGAUUUUGCUUAUCACAUUUAAAAGCGAAUUAGUUGUAGUCUCACGCUCUUAUAUAUAUGGUUAAGAUGAAGAUAAAAGAUGGAGUACACUUUGUGCCUAGUAAUAAGCUUAAGCGCCGUACUGAUUGUAUGUUAGACUAAGACUAAGACGAAUUAGUUGACUCUUAACUGAAAAAUCAUUGGUUAAAAAAAUGCUUUAACUAUUUGAGAAAUAUCAUUUGAUAUACAUACAUACAUAAAAAUAUAAACCACACAUACAUUGUACAUACAAUUAUGAGCAAAAAUUAAAUUCAUGUAUUUCAUUAACUUUUCAGUGCCAGCCUCUUUUUUGUAUGCUUCUAAAGUGUAAUUCAUCUGUUUAAGUUUACACGUCGAAAAUGGCAUGAAAAUGAAAAUGAAAAUGAACUACUGUUUAUGCAUUUGUUACAACGUGUAAACUUUAAUAAAUCUAGUUAUACUUGUAUUUUACUAUCUAAGCAAGUUGCAACUUGUUGCCUUUAAGCAAGAUAAUGCUGCCUUAUGUAAAAUCCACUGAAUUAGCAUCUAAGACAUAUGUAAACCACAUAUAUAUUAAUGUUUAUGGAAAGACAAGAGCCGACAAAUCUGUUUGUCCAACAUUAAAAUUACUUAGCUAUAAUUAUAUUAAUUUAAAGUAAGUUUGUCUAAGUGAAAACUGUAUUGAAUUUUGUUGCACGCUAAAAUUAUUCUCUAAAUGUUGCAAAUGAUUUGAAAGUUACUUUUUAUUUUUGUCACAUCUGUGGCACGUGUGAACUAAUUUU